AUGAACCUAGAUGCCGUGUACCAUUUAAGUACAAAUCCGUCGACCACUGUCUCUGACAUUACGAGCUCGUCAUCGGUAACUACGUUCCUGGAUCAGUUCGCAUUUAACGUCAUUCCAACUGCCGUAUCACUUGCCGGAUCUUUGGUAUAUCUCUCGGUCCACUACGAUAUCUAUUACGCGUUCGUUGUUGCUUAUGGGGCUAUCUGCUACCUAUUGGUCACAUUUGCGCUCACGAAAAAGGUUGAAAAGUCUCAAAGAAGAACGAUGGAUGAUUGGCGGAAGAACAAUGAAUCCCUGAAUGACCCAAUUCAUUCUUGGUUGACAGUUACCUAUCUUGGAGACCUCCUUUCUCACAUCAUUCGAUAUGAUCGCUCCUUGAAAAGCCUCCACGACAGUGAAAUUAGAAGUUCAUGGGCAUCUAGCCAAUUAAACUUUGCCCAGGGACUAAUAAUGACGCUGUGGACAUUAUGCACUGUGCUCUUUGCUGGAAGACAAGUCAUAAUGGGCGGACGACCUCUGGGUGGUUUUACAUCUAUGGUGUUCUUCCUCCAAACGCUCAAGAGCCCGAUCGAACAAAUUUUUAGCAUAUUAUUUGUGUCAACUCAGUCCAAUCUGAUCCAUCUCGAGCGCUUGGUGAGGAAUCUUCAUAGAAAGCCAGAGGUGAUUGACAAAGAUGACGCGCUGUCUCUAUCAGAGUCUUCCGUUGUGGGCCGGGUACCAUCACUGCAAUCGUCGGAGAAUCAGGGAGGUGGUAAAUCGACAUUGCUUCGUCUUAUCUUCCGCCUCUAUGACGUUACUAGAGGAAGCAUCUCUGUUGACGGGCACAAUAUUACCGAUUUAACUUGCGAAUCUCUCCGGAGUCAUAUUGGCAUUAUGUCCGGACGGUCAACUAUUUCAAACGGCUCAGUGAUAGAGAAUCUCCGACGUGCAAAACCAGGGGCUACCAAAGAAGAGAUCAUCGACGCAUGCAAGCGUGCUAGUCUUCAUGAAUGUAUCAUGAAGUUCUCAGAGCAGUACGAAGCACUCCUAGGGAAAGAAGGCCAUCGCCUGAGCGAUGGGGAAGCCCAGCGGCUCGAGAUCGCCCGUCUGCUACUAAAGAGCCCUAGUAUUCUCUUACUGGACGAGCCCACAUCGGCUCUAGAUGCGAUCGCAGAGCAAAAUGUCGUUACGUCACUGAAACAAACCAACGCCACAAUAGUUAUGACUGCUCAUAGAUUGAGUACGAUCAAGAAGGCUGAUCAAAUUCUGGUCAUGUAUAAGGGAGAGAUCAGCGAAUGUGGGACGCAUCAGCAACUCUUCGAAAAGAAUGGCUACUAUACUAGGCUCUGCGAAGCACAGACUGGUUGA